AGACAUGCCGGAGACGGGGAGACACCACAGGUCACCAGACAUGCCAGAGACGGGGAGACACCACAGGUCAACAGACAUGCCGGAGACGGGGAGACACCACAACACCGACGCCGACGCCGAACCGACGGGACACAGGGAGGCCGACGCUCCACAUCACACACACCCCUCCUCGUCUGACGAGGAGGAGUCCAUGAACGACCGAGACCAGAGGAGGGUUAAGGGGCAGGAGAGGGCUUCUGGAAAUGCCAGACGGGGGAGACAAAGACCCCCCUCCGACAGACAGAGGGACGUGACACCUGCCUCCCACCCGAACCAACCCGCUCCCACCAGCGGCCGUCCGGGGCCCUCCUGCACGGCCCGAGAGCGUCCGGCGUCUCCCCCCGAACGGCGGCGACACGACGCACAACACAAAGCAGCGCCGCUCUACAACCUCCGAUACGUCCUGACCGCCAGAGGCCUCUGCCAGGUGAUGGAGGUGUUCGUGAAUCUGCUCAUCGUCAUCUGUGCUGGCUUGCCGUACAGCAACGCGGGGGGCUACCGGGACCUGGCCAGCCUCGGGGGACUCUACCAUUACUACUACGGCGGCGCCAACGCCUUCACCGGGGCGGACGCCGCCAGGGUGAAGGAGCUGGACCGGCUCUUCCACCAGCUCAAGCGGCCGCCGUACGUCUUCGCCAUGGCCUGCGGCGGCGCUCUGUUGGGUUAUGCCUGCCUGGCGCUCGCCCUGGGCGUGUUCAGGGUCCCGUACCGCUGGCCCCCGGUGCUGCUGGCAGAGGCCGCGCUGAACCUCCUGAUCGGCCCGGGCUACGUGCCGGCCGUGGCGUUCUACUUCGUCAAGCUAAAGGAGACGUACGACCACGCCGUUUGCCAGGAGCGAGAGCGCCUCUACAAGAGUAAAGGUCACCGCGGCUUCGAGUGCCAGUUCCACGGGACGGACAUCGCCGGGGGUCUCUUCGGCGUCCUGGGGGCUGUGGCGUUUGUCUGCGGCGCCGUGCUCGCCGUGCGGGCUUUCAGGUCAGUGCGCGAGUUAAAGAAGCGGCCCUGGAGAGAGGAGGGCCGUCUGUGAGGGGCCGCUUCAGGCUGCAGCAGAGUCGAACAAAACAACGUAAAGGAGGAGCGGCGAAGGUCCCGCGCUCCACACACACACACACACACACACACACACACACACACACACAGGCAGGGUGGUCUUCUGUGUUUACAGGAGUCACACGUCGUUACACAAAACGUGACUCGGUGUUGCCCAGUCGGCUCUGUUCGGGUGUUCUGUUGGCAGUACGGCUGUAACGGUGCCGUUCAGCAUUCCUGCUCUUUUUUAGCUGUUUUACUUCCUUUGUUACUGUUUUCCAUUUAUUAAUAAAGUGCUGGA